AUGGCUUUCCGCUCUCCUUUCUGCGCUAUGCGCUCGGGUCGCUCACUAAUCCCUAUUGCCCGGCAUUGGACUACACCCUCGUCACCGUCGCUAGCGUUUGCAGCAGCUGUCCUGCCCUCCACCGUUCCUCAAGCAGACCAGAGGCGUCAUAGUUCUCAUUCUCCAAUGGGGGCAACCCCUAUUAACCCCCGGAAGAAGGUCACCGUCAAGACCCUACAGUCGCUUCACAAGAAGAAUGAGCCAAUUACCAUGCUGACUGCCCAUGAUUUCCCGAGUGCCCAUGUGGCUGAGGCGGCGGGCAUGGAGAUGGUGCUUGUUGGCGAUAGCCUGGCUAUGGUUGCGUUGGGAAUGGCGGAUACUAGCGAGGUGUCAUUGGAGGAGAUGAUAUUGCAUUGCAAGAGUGUGUCAAGGGCAGUCACAACAGGGUUUACUGUCGGUGAUAUGCCGAUGGGAUCGUAUGAAGUCUCGCCUGAACAGGCUCUCCAAACUGCCAUUCGCCUUGUUAAGGAAGGUAGAGUACAAUCCGUGAAGCUUGAAGGCGGAUCAGAAAUGGCACCAACGAUAAAGCGGAUUACUCAAGCCGGCAUCCCCGUCGUUGCCCACAUUGGCCUCACCCCACAACGUCAGAAUGCUCUAGGCGGCUUUCGUGUUCAGGGCAAAUCUACAGCAGAGGCCAUUAAAUUCUUCCACGAUGCCCUGGCUGUCCAAGAAGCUGGGGCAUUCAUGGUGGUGCUGGAAGCCGUUCCUGCUGAGAUCGCGAGUAUUGUCACGAAGAAGUUGAAGAUACCCACUAUCGGAAUCGGUGCAGGGAAUGGCUGUUCAGGCCAAGUGCUUGUCCAGGUAGAUAUGGCUGGAAAUUUUCCCCCAGGAAGAUUCCUGCCGAAAUUUGUGAAAAAAUACGGUGACGUGUGGGGCGAGAGCUUGAGGGCGAUUGAGCAGUAUAAGAAUGAAGUCAAGAGUCGAGAAUACCCGGCAAAGGAGUAUACAUAUCCUGCGCCAAAGGAGGACGUGGAAGAGUUUCAGAAGUUUGUUGAUGAGACGACUGGAUGA